AUGGAUGCUGACAUGGCGUUUACGAAUGGAUCUAGCUUGCGACGAUUAGAGAAACAAGGAAUACCAGUCCGUUGGAUGAAAUCAACCAACCUGAUGCAUCAUAAAUUCUGUAUUAUUGAUAAUAUAUAUGGUCAUCUCAACCCGGCUCUUGAACCGUUUGUAAUCAUGGGUUCUUUGAACUGGACAAACCAAGCUGUGAAUGGGAACUGGGAAGAUGUAACGGUUACAUCACAGGAAGAAAUUGUAACACAAUUCCAGACUGAAUUUGAUAGACUGUGGCUACAGUUCAAACCAAUUGUCGACAUUGCAUAG